GCCCUCCAGUAUGUGUGUGGCACCCGUGGACGGUGGACCUGUCCUCGCCUCACCUCCACACACACACACACACACACACACCUGACAAACGUGUGCAGCACCUGAGGCGAGGCAUCGUAGGUGUGACGUAACUAUCAUGAUAUAAACCCCAGUUGAGUAAGAGCGGAGAGUGAGGGAGAGUAGAGGAGGCCUGGUGAGGCGGUGUAUGAGGCACACCUUCCUCAUUGUUGCCUCUUAAGUGUCUUUGGUAGUCAAUGAGGCGAUAGUUCGUGGCUGAUGAGAGUGUGUGGCGCGCAGGCCCCAGGCGAAUCGGCUGAGUGCCAUGGGGUGCCAGUUAUCGAGGGCACUCUUGAGGAACCAGGGGCAGGAGAAGAGUGCCAGGGGGGUGACAGAGCCACCCGCCCCCCCUCCCCUUGACCCUCGUAUACCCCUCACAGCCAAGCAGAAGUUCAACAUGGUCAAGUCUUGGAAGGGCAUCAACCGGGCCAUGGAGGCCACUGGUGUCUACAUGUUCCUUGAAUUAUUUGAAACCAACGCUGAACUGAUCGGGUUGUUCACCAAGUUCAACAAGCUACGCACCAGAGAUGAACAAGCAGAGUCUUUGGAGCUGGCUGAACACGCCACGGUCGUCAUGAACUCCAUCGACGAGGGCAUCAAGGCCAUGGAUAACGUCGACUUUUUCUUCGACCUCCUCUACCAAAUCGGGGCAUCCCAUCACAAGAUCCCGGGCUUCAAGAAGGAGUAUUUUUGGAAGAUUGAGCACCCGUUCUUGGAGGCGGUGCGGCUUACCCUGGGUGACCGUUACACCGACAAUAUGGACAACAUAUACAGGAUCACCAUAAAAUUCCUCCUAGAGACGGUUGUCAAAGGCUACGAGAUGGCAGAAAAAAAAGAACCCAAUGACAAUGUGAAGGAGCUUAGUGACAAUGUGAAGAAGCCUAUUGACAAUGUGAAGGAACCCAACGACAACGCGAAGGAGCCUGCCAACUCGUUGGAGAGUAGGCCUUACUGCAGUAAGGCGACCAAGGGCUCCUGAAGAAGGCACCAAGGACACUGGUGGAGGGGAUGAGUUAGAGGGAAGCCACACUGCCACUAGGGCAUCAUGCACUACUUAUUUUUGUUAUUCACCAAAAUGUAGCUGAAGUGUGGACACCAGAGGUGUCUCUGUUGGGGUAAUGGUAAGCUGGUCAUCUCUGUUGGGGUAGCAAUAUUAACCUAAUCUGCUCUUGACUGCUUCCAAUUGUCUGGUGUGUUGACCGGUCAUUUAUCAGAAGCAAACUGGUAAAUAUUAACCACUAAUUAUUAAGGUGCAAACUUUCAAAACGAACAAAACAGUGUCCUUUGGAACAAAUUAGCUAUACUGUAUUUUAUAUUAUAUAUAUAUAAUAUUAGUAUACAAAAAGGUUCAAGUAUUUUUGUGAAUAUACUCUUGGUAUUUUUUUCAAAUGAGGGAUUUCAUAGCUCUGAGAGAAUUGCACCUAUGGCUAUUAGAAUUUGAAGGGUACUUGUAUGUGUGUGCAUGCUGACUUAUUAGUACUUACCUAUCAGUGAUUACGGGGAAGUGAGGUCUAGCUCUUUAUACCCUGCCUCCUACCCUUGUUGUAACUGUUAUGUUUAACCUUCACUAUUCUAACAAUUAAUAUCUUUGCCGAACCUUUUCUUAAAGCUGUGAAUGGAGGUGGCUUCUACAACUUCUUCCCUUAUUUUGUGUGUGUAGUCACAUUGUGAGGGAACCGGUUCAUUAGUUAUGCAUAAUGACUCCUAAACAGACCAUCCUCUUAAAAUGGUAGUAUUUAUAGGGACUAUUUGGUCAAAUGUACAAGAAAACUCUUGGACCAAAAAAGUUCACAUUUUGCAUUACCGUGCUGAAUAAGCCCAAAUGACUUUCUAAAAAUUUGAAAUAUAAUUUAACCUAACCUGUCCAUUCCUAGGCCUAUCCUAGGCCUAGGAAUGUUUGAGUUUGGUUUUUAGCAUAUUUUGUCUACAAAAUUAAUAGUACAAAAUUGGAACAUUAUUGGUAGCAACAGUCCAUUUUUACACUUUCAACCAAACAGUUGCUAUAGGCACUAUCAUUUUAAGAGAAUAUGUUGUGGUAACUUAAGGCUACCAAACUUACCUGUGGCAGAUACACCCUCAAACCAAAUCAAAACACAUUCCAAAACAUACCUUAGCAAGAUGUAGAUUAAGCGCUAAAAUGCCUUGGUACACUCAUAAGUUAGGCAACAGAUAGGAGCUCUGUAGAUAAUGUAGUGCUUCCCAUAGCAUGUUAUGGAUAUCUACAUCAUGUUUCUUACUGGCACAACUUAGAACAUCAAACCAUAAAUAAUGAGAAAGCAAUCAUGUGCAUCUUGUGUUUUUGUUUAACAAAUUGUAUGAUAUGGACCUCUCAAGUGAGUAAAUGACAAUGAGUGAAUCCCUUCUCUGGUGUUGAGUACAUUUUCUGUGUGUGUGGUGUUCCCUGGGUGUAUGGCAUUUCCUGAACAUAGUGUUUCUUCAGUGUAUGAAUGUGGCAAAACACGUUCAGGAUAUCUGAUCAACCAGGCUGCAAGCAGCCGCAUCAAACGACCUGGUUGACUAGACUACCAACCAGGAGGCUUGGCCACAGACUGGGCAACGGGGACAUUGAUCCUCGGAAUCAUCAACAGGCAUUCGACAGGUAUGGUGUGUAAUGCGUACCCUGCAUGUAUCUCUGGAUAGAAGGUACUCCUUCGGCAUAUGGUUGUUGCAGAGUGUAUAGUGACUGGCAAGUAUAUCUAUUCACAUGAUUCUUGACUGCCGCAAGUGCAUAGUCCUGAGUGUCUAGUGUGCUGUGGGAGUAUACAUGUAAUCUGGGCUCAUGGUAACUCUCUGCUGCUCUUUUUACCAUGAACAAAUAUUUUAUUAACUAUAUAUCACAACCAAUCCAUCAUCCAAAGUUCCUUUCAGAAUUAAUGUUUAUAUAUUUCCUCCAAAUAAAAAUAUUAUUGUUUGAGGAAUGAUCUUGAAGCUAAUGAAGUAAGGCAGAAGAAUCUUGGAGUGAAUAAAAUUUGAUAAAAAGGAGUGUAGGUUGAUGACUGCCUUGCUGAAGAUGAGACAUGCCAGUUAGAUGUUAGUUGAUGAGCAAUGAUGAGGUAUUUUGGAUUAGAAUUUGUCGUGGUACUUAAUUCACACUUCAUCGUUCCUGUAAACCAACACAAGUCUAACAGCUCAAGUCAUACCUUCACCUCUCCCUGUCAACACUCCCUGAGACUCUUGACCAGUGUCUCUAGCUCAGUCCUCACCAAUAAGCAUCUAGAGACUUGCCAACCCCAUUUCUACUAUAUCUUGCUCACUUUUUCCACUUUUAUCAGGUCAUUCCGAGUUUUUGUUUUAAUGCCAUUCAUUAUAUUUAAGUCAGUUAACUUUAUCCUGAUCUACAUCAUUUGAACAUUAACUUUGUAUUAAUCUCACACACACUAUAAAAUGUAAUUAGCUUAAUUUUAUAAUUAAAAUUAAUCCAGUUCACAUUUUAAUUCCAUGCACUGUAUAUGUUUUGGUUUUAGGGUCUAGGCCAAGUGUUUGACCCUACUAAGACAUUCAGCAAGAUCCCAGACACAGUACUUGAUCCUAGUCCCAUUCAUUUAAUUUGUAUUCCCCAUUUAGUUGAUCCUGUUCAAAACUACUUGACCCUUGUCCUGUUUGAGUCCCAAUAAAUCCUCCAUUUAAAAAGGUCAAUGCUGGAGGUGCUCAUCUAUACGUGUCUUUGACGCGUUACCACUUGUCAUGUUGUGAGGUCAAAAGAAAGUUGAAAUAUAUUAAAUUGUCAUCCACACUUCAGAGGAAAUAAACAAUCCAUUCACCUGGGUUGUAUGGGUCUCGAACUGUUAGACC